AUCUAGAAGUUCAACGCUUAAAAUUGUAGGCUCUAUAUAAUAUUUUAUGAAUCUUACAGCUUACAUCAUGCUGAAUUAUAAUUGCUUAAAUGCAUUAUAAUAAUUAUAAGUGAUAUGUUGGGAAUAAAUUAUUGUGCAUGGCAUCCGUUGGUAUAGUCAGAAAAUCCAGUAUAUUUGGCUAUAGCUCUCCGGUGUCUUGUCCAUGGGUAGAUGCAUUAUGUCCUCCAGCACAAGAAGCAGGUUUCAAUCCCCCCUCCAACAAUUGUAACUUAAUCCCAAAAACAAAACCAGCACGUCUACAAGACCUGCAUUCUCUUGAAAAGCAAAGAGUUAUGGAAAUGAUCAGUGGCUCAAGAUUAGUAGUUCUCCUUCUCCUAUCCUACUAUGCUAUAAAAUUUGGCUCCACCAUAGACACCAUCACAACAUCUAACUCAAUCAAAGAUCCUGAAGCUAUAACCUCCAACGGUGGGGUAUUCCGGUUGGGGUUCUUUAGCCCUGCAAAUUCUACAGAUCGGUAUGUGGGGAUAUGGUACAAUUUUGGCAUUCCUGAACAAUCUGUUAUUUGGAUAGCCAACAGAAACAAACCCCUCAGAGAUGAAUCUGGAAUUGUCAUGAUAGCAGAGGAUGGCAAUCUUGUGGUUUCAAAUGGACAAAAGGAGAUUCUUUGGUCAUCAAAUAUUAAAAGUCCACCAGCAAAUACAAGUGCUAAGGUUUUGGACUCUGGAAACCUCGUGUUGCAAGAUAACACAGAUGCAGCAAGUUUAUGGGAAAGUUUUCAACAACCUUCUAAUGCCUUUGUGCCAACCAUGAAAAUUAGUACUAAUGCAAGAACAGGUGAGAAAGUGCAGUUGACAUCAUGGAAAAGCUCUUCUGAUCCAUCUAAUGGUAAUUUCUCUUUGGGUCUUGAACCUCUCAACAUUCCUCAAGUUUUCAUUUGGAAUAAUACCAGGCCAUAUUGGCGGAGUGGUCCAUGGAAUGGUCUGAUCUUUACUGGCGUAGAACUCAUGUAUUCUUUUUAUCUUGAUGGAUUCAAUCUUGUGAAUGACAAAGAAGGAAAUUUUUAUCUUAUGUUUGGUUCACUUAACACAUCAUAUUCAUCAUUUUUUUCCUUAAAUUCAGAAGGGAAAGUAAUACAACAAAUUUGGGAUGAAGGAAAGAGGGAUUGGAACAAUAGUCGGUAUUCUCCGAAAACUGAGUGUCAAGUUUAUGGCAAAUGCGGUGCAUUUGGAAGCUGUGACUCUAAAAAAAAAUCAAUUUGCAGCUGCUUAAGAGGGUUUGAGCCCAUGAAUACAAAAGAAUGGAAUAGAGGAAAUUGGACUAGUGGAUGUGUUAGGAGUAAACCUUUGCAGUGUGAUAGAAUAAUAAGUGGCAGUGAAUCAACCAAAGAUGGGUUUUUGAAGGUAAAGAUGAUGAAAGUGCCAGAUUUUGCAGAGUGGUCACCUUCGUCGGAAGACAAAUGCGAAGAACGGUGCCUAAACAAUUGUUCCUGUGUUGCUUAUGCAUAUGACGCUGGUAUUGGUUGUAUGACAUGGAGUGAAAACUUAAUUGACAUGCAGCAAAUGUCCAGGGGAGGGAUAGAUCUUUACAUUCGCCUAGAACAUUCAGAACUUGGUAAAUGCUUGUGUUCUAAAUACAGGAAUCCGAUUAUUAUCCUAAUGACAGUAGUUAUCGGAUUUAUCACCAUUGCCAUCUCUACAUUUUUCUUAUGCAGGUGGAUCGCCAAACACAGAGUUAAUAAAGUAAAAAGUGAAGAAAUGCCACUAUCAAUCAAAGGGAAAGCAUGUACAAAAUUUUCGAGUGACAACAAACUCCAGCAACUACCACCAUUCAAAUUUGAGGAACUUGCAACUGCGACAACCAACUUCAGCCCUUCAAAUAAGCUAGGGCAAGGUGGUUUUGGUCCAGUGUACAAGGGAACAUUAAAGGAUGGGCAAGAAAUAGCGGUGAAGAGAUUGUCGAGAGAUUCAGGACAGGGGUCAGAAGAAUUUAUGAAUGAAAUGUUGGUGAUAUCUAAACUCCAACAUCGGAAUCUUGUUAGACUCCUAGGCUGUUGUAUUGAAGGAGAUGAAAAGAUGUUGGUCUACGAGCACAUGCCCAACCGAAGCUUAGAUGCUUUUCUCUUCAAUCCAGCCAAACAAAAACUCUUGGAUUGGAAAAAACGCUUUAACAUCAUUGAGGGAAUCAGUCGGGGACUACUUUAUCUUCAUAAAGAUUCUAGAUUGAGAAUUAUACAUAGAGAUAUAAAGGCAAGUAAUAUCUUACUCGACGAAGAAAUGAAUCCAAAAAUCUCUGACUUUGGAAUGGCUAGGAUUUUCGGAGGCAACGAAAAUCAAGCUAACACAAGAAGGGUAGUAGGAACAUACGGUUACAUGUCUCCUGAAUAUGCAAUGCAAGGACAUUAUUCAGAGAAAUCUGAUGUUUUCAGCUACGGGGUUUUACUACUGGAGAUUAUUAAUGGGAGAAGAAACACGAGCUUUUAUAACCAUGAGCAUUCUUCUAGCCUACUUGGAUAUGCAUGGCAGUUAUGGAAUGAAGACAACAUUUUGGCAUUAACAGAUACAGCUGUUUAUGAUCAAUGCCAUUAUCAGGAAAUAAAGAGAUGCAUACAUGUGGGAUUGUUGUGCGUGCAAGAAUAUGCAAAAGAUAGACCAACUAUAUCUGCUGUUAUUUCAAUGCUAAACAGUGAGAUAGUAGAUCUUUCUACUCCAAAACAACCUGCUUUCACUGAAAGAAAUAUUGCAGUAGAUGUAGAGUCCCCUCAAAAUAAUGACAAUAAAUGCUCCAUUAAUGAUGUGACUGUUACCAAUGUUGAAGGCCGAUGAGAAGCAAGUUUUAAAAAUGUUUACGUAUUUUACAUUCAUGUUGCAUAGUUUAUUUGAAGACUAAGUGAUAGUUUAUCAUUCCAAGAUCUGGUUUCCCAGUUCUGAAGUUGCAUAAUUAGGCUAAAACCUUUGCACAUUUCAAACAUGGAAACUGUGGAGAGAACUUACUGUUGCAUUCACAGAUACAUUGGUCUUUGUUCCAUGCUUUGAUAAUAAAAGUUGAAGCAGGAUGCAUUGGCUAGCACCGGUGAUCGGCCAUUAGUGUAAGU